UGCAAUCAUACCAACACUGCAACAUUUUCUCGAUGGCAUCACUGAUUGAUAAAAGAAAUCGAAAAUUUUUUGUGACAGCAGCAGCUGUAGAUGUCGAAAUAAAAUUUCAUUUAAUUUUUGUGUCAAAAUCUACGAAUAGCCAGUGUGAAAUUGUGUUUUAAAAUAUGGGUCGAAUGAUGGAAAAUCGAGUGCAAUUGGUGCUAAUUCCGCUAAUCAUCAAAGUGGCUGAAAAUUUGAAAGUUGUGAUGGCUGUAUCUGGUAAUUCGUUAGGUGAAUGCAUGAAUAACCAUGGCAUUAGCUUCGAAACAGGUCGCUUUUAUGUGCCUGGUCCCGAUCUGUGCAAAAUGUGUGUGUGUGACAACGGACAUCCGAAAUCAUGCAAAUCGGUGCUGUGCAGUCCGCCGCAGGAGUGCAAAUCAUUUCAAAUUGGAAACAAUUGCUGUGACUUCAUUUGUCUGGACAGUACUUUGGGGAACAACAACAAUGACAAAACAUCCGAUUUUGGUAUAUGACUGGUGGCUACUGGCGUUACGAUCACCUUGACGGUUUCGCUGUUGUUUUUCAUUCUGAAUCGAUUUCGACAACGAAAAAUCCGGAUGAGAGUCAAUCGCCAGGUGAACGAUGAACAAAGAACUAUGGGAAGUAUUGGAUACAUUGGUGGCAAUAUUAAUUACAUGGGCGGUGGAUCGAUGAAUAUGGAAUAUCCGUUCGAAAAUCAUCCCGGUCAUUAUCAUUUGUGGAAACCACCGAGCGGUUAUUUUCCACGCGGAGAAGCCCCUCCACCGUACGAAGAAGCUGUGGCUUUAGCACAAGCAGAAUCGUUAAAUUCUCAGUGUACGGUCAGUGUUGCUACUACGACACAUCGAUCAUUGCCAAUGAAUUUAUGCUCCACCGACAAUUCGUGUGACGGUUCCAACAUUACCACAAACACGACCAAUUUGAUAAACAUCAACAUCAACAAUGCGGGCAACAUAACUGCAGUGGCUGCGGGCGAAAAUCAUCAACUGAAAAAUCCAUCGUAUGUCGUGAGACCAGCUGUGACCAUGGGUCAAUUGGAAUCGCAUAUUGUCAGCAGCAGCAGCAACAAAUUAAACGUUGCGGAUCGCGUAAAUUUCAAUUAUUCGACUAAUUCGUUGGAAACUGCCAGAAGUGAAUGUAGCUACAAGAACUGUACGAUCAAUAAGCCGAUCUGUUGCACCCAAUCGGCGACUGCCACACCACAAUUCGAGGCGCGAGACGUACACAGUUUCCAAAACCGAACUGAUCCAGUGGAAUCGAAUGACGACCACAAGUUGUCGACAAUAUUGCCACCGCCAUUAUUCGAUGAGAGCGGUCGUUCGUGCAGCACUGUUUGCACCGAUCAACUCAGAACCCCAUCGUCGCGGCGUCAACAUCGAACGAUACCGCGUCAUUUUACUACCACAUCCGAACCGGGGAACCAGGGAACGUUGCAAAAGUCGAGCAAAACAUCAAACGAAACGCCCAAAAAGUCUUCGGCGUCAAUGAAUAAAAGCAAAAAAUUGAUCUGCCAGUGUCCCGUACAACAUGUACCGAUGACAUACAUGGGAUCAAAGCAGGUGGACACUUCACGCGAACCACAAAAUGAAGUUUUUCUGUCCACAUUGUCGACCAAACUGAACAACCAAAAACAGAAUUAUGUGGCCAAGGCCAAAUCUAUUCACGCCACUGCCAAGGACGUUGCUGACUGUAGUCAAAGCAACCAAAACAACUCUUCGUUGCAUCGAACCAAAUCUUCCAACAAAAUUCCAACCAUUUCCAAGCAAAUCAAUUCCAACGAAACCAGUUACAUUCAGGACGACCAACAACAUCUUCACCAUCAUCAUCAUCAACAGCAGCAGCUGCAGCAACAACAGCAACAACAACCACCACCACCACAGCCACAACAACAGCACCAAAUUCAUUCAAUUCUGAAAAAUACUCAAACACCGACUCCGCGUCGGCAAAAGUCUCCCAAAUCAAAUUUAUAUCACAAAGGCAGCGCUGUGUCGACACCCUUUCCGCUACAGUUAAUCGAUUCAAUGGCCAAAAAUACGCCAAUCGAAAAUCCAGUGUUACCACCGAAAAUGUGUAAAAAUCCGGUGACCAUGCCACAUCCAUCACAAUCACCACGAAUACAAACAAUAUCACGCCCAAACGACCAGUUUAUGUCAGUGGCGCAGCCGAAAAUCACACCACGUUCGACCGCAAUUAUCGGACAUCAACAACUUACGCACACAAAAUCGUUGCCACGCUCUGACGAUAAGCUCACUACGCAAUCGUUUCUCUAUCCGAUCGGUGGACUGAGCAAUGUGGAGAAGUCACGGAGUCUGGGGAAAAUAAAUUACACGCAAAGCUUUCCGAUGCUCACCAAUCACUACACACUGCCGAAAGUGUCGACAGGAAAAGUGUCGGUUAUAUCAGAUGUCGUUAGUAAGGUGCCAUCCGUCAUCAACAUUCCGUCGCCCAUCAACAUUUCAUCGAAGCAUCAAGUCAACUUCAAUCAAACGUCAAUGCCGAAUCCGACUGCAUUUAUCCCCAACGCUACCACUGCUUCAGCAACAACGAAUCCACUGUUACCGUCGUGCACAUCCACGCCGAAACCGAAAAUCGCUACAAUAUUAACAGUCGACAAAGUGGACGACAAACAGUUACCGGUGUGCACGACAUACAAAAAUUGCUCGAAUCCACGGGAACAUUUUCUGCCAAAUCUAGACAGUCUGGACGACGAUUAUCUGAGCGAAUGUGAGAACUGUAAAUCAGCGCACGGGUCCAGAUAUUAUUUAAACGAGCCGGUAGAGGAACAACCGCAAGAGACCAUGACUUUGCAGCGAAAAUUGGAAGAUAAGCAAGAGGACGAACAGACGUACUAUCGCACCUCGACGACACUGCCUUCGAAUACGAAACAGAAAACUGCAACAAUUAAAAAUCGUGAACCAUGGUUCAGCACCAUACCCGCCAGUUCAUCAUCCGACGACGACGAGGUCGCCGAAUGAGAUUUAAGUAAUCUUAUCUAAGACGGGAUUUGGCAAUCGGUGUCGAAUGGAACCCAUCGAAAGGUAAGAUUUAGUUAAAACGAAAAAAAAAAGUUUUUUUUUGCCAAAUUCUUUUCUUUAAUGUACAAAUCUAUACAAGUGAAAACCAAAACCAUAUACAUUCUAUCAUUAAAAUGAUGUGGAUAAGCUCUCUGUUCAAGCUAUGCUUAUCGAAUAGAAAUAUAUAAAUUUAUCUGCAAGACCAAAAUAUCGGAAGAAAAACACUGGGAAAAACAUUACAUAAAAUUUACAGUAUUUACAAUAAGAGAAUUUCGUUUGAUUUUUAACUGAAAUAUUUAUUCAAAACGUAUGCCAUUCGGUGAGUCAUUGAACACGUUGCCGCGGUUUUUUAUGACUUGGUAUAAGAUGAUAAGCUCGGAUUUUUUUGACUCAUUUACCAGUCUCUUUCUUACACAAAUUUUUUUUGAAUACUCUAUACCAGGGACUGUAUUGAAAUAUUUAUUUAAGAAAUUUGCAUAUACCAAGAAAAGGUGGUCAGGCUAAGCCUUCAUCCCAACCUGUAAAAACUUGGAUCUUUUCAGAUUACAUUAUAAAUAAAAAAUUUCUUCCAAAGGUUUCGCCGCAGGAAUUGUUCCCAUUACGCAACUAGCAUUGAAGCGUUGAAUAGCCAACGAGAUUCUUUGUGUUAGAUAAAAUUUUGAUUUCUUGUCACCAGUUAAUUCCUGCAACUUCGAACCAAUAGUGUUGAUGAAAUUUUUUGAUUCUGUACUCCAAGGACCCAUAGUUUCUACUGCAAAUGCUAAAAGAAUAUAAUUAUUAGAUGAAGUCAAAUCUGAAUAAUGUUUGUGUUUUUCAAGCGCUGCAAAAUUUGCGAGUUCGCCAGCUUUUUUAGAUGUUUUCGACAAGUAUGAAUCAGCGAACGUGUCUACGCAAGUCGCGUCCCAGACCAAAGGUUUUCCUUUAGACCAUGGCGUCAAAGUUACUCCAUCAGGUUUCUUUCCGUCAUUUCUUGAUAAUCCUACCAGGGACUAUUUUUGGGAAAACAUUUUCUCAUAUUUUCCUUUAUUUUCCCGAAUUUUAUCAAUUUUUUUUUUUUUGAAAAUUAAGGAAAAUUUGGUGAAAUAAUUUUCACAAAAAUUCGUCCUGCUUUAUCCUCGUCAGUUAUCUUUUGCAAUCACGUUCAAUGACUUACUCAAUGGAUGACUAAAUAAAGUAAAUGUAGUGUCAGAGGUGGUCUUGCUGUAAAACCUUUAUUUAUUGAAAUUGAUUCGUUAAGAAAAUCUAUUUUUUUUUUUAAAUUUUUUGUUACGUAAUAUAGUGACGUAGAAACCCAUAUCCAACCAAAAAUAUCACUCGAGUCUACUUCUUGUUGCCAUUUUUCAUCAGUCUAAAAAACAAGGUAAAUAUAGUGUGAGGGCAGUGCCAUACAUAACCGAAUCAGAAGUGCAGUGGCACGAAGGUUCGAUACAGACGCCAUGUCCUACUUCGUUAAAAACAAAAAAUGGAAUAGAAACUCUAGUAUCUGAAUGGCAUUACCUACCUCCACACUAUAUUUACCUUGCCAAAAACUAUCAAGUGUAUGCUUGGCCCGGACUGGCCAUAUGGGCAUUGGAGUUUUUGUAUGAACAGAGCAAAGUUGUAAAACAACAGUUCCCCAACUGAGUUCAUCACGAAUUCAACUGUUCUGGUAGUCCAUGUCAGCAGUCGAAGUUUACCGAGGUUAACUAUUUUCACAAAAUCUAACUUUUCUCAUUGCCGCACUUUCGAUUUUUAUUUUAUGUUAUUAUUAGUCACGGGACGCGGCGCUGUAGUAAAAUCAAGUAGAAUAUUUCAUGUGCGUGGCACAAGUAGUAUGACUAUGUUCAACCUCACCGUGACACUCCCCAUUUUUUUAUUAGCAGAAUUCUUUUCAUUUUUUAUAUCGAUCAUAUCGAUUAUAAUUGAAUAAAUUAUGUAAAAAUAAUUCAAUUUCGACGAGACGGAUUUUGGUUAAACAGACUGCCAGAGUUACAAACUGUCAAAGUUAUAUAAACGAUACUGGAAAUACGAGCGUAUAUCGAGUAUGUAAAUAUGAAAGGAAUUUCCCUAUUGCGACUGACGGUCUGACUUUCGCCUUAAUAUACAAUUUAAAGUAUUUGGACAUGGGUUUCGAUAAUUUAUUAAACAUUUUCUGUUGUUCUUGUUGUUGUUAUAAUAUUUUGUUUCUACGAUUAAUUUUAAGUUGAUGAAUUUCAUUUAAUGAAUUCGGAGCUGUUGAUGAAAUGAUAUUAUCAAAAUUUAAUCAAAGCCAGACCACUUAAUAGUCAGAUUAAUUUGUAGAUAUUUAAGAAAUUGAUGUUCAAAAACACAAAUUUCAUCUCAACAAAAGAAAAACAAUUUAUUGAAGUAAAAGAUUGAAAGAAAGGAAAACUUUUUCUUGUAUUUGUCGAAAAUAAAAAAUUGGAAAAUUUAAUUAAGUGAAAAACAAACAAUCUCAAACCAACCAAUGAAUUCUUGUGUAAAUGUGUUACUAACAAUUUAAGGGAAAACAAAUUAUUAAAACUUGCUAAGCAAAUUCAAUGUAAAACCAGCCGAAUUAUUAUAAUGAAAAAAAAUGUACCAAAGAAAGGAAGAAAAAGAAAUGAACAAAAAAAACCAUUUAGAAAAAUUCAGUAUUAGAAGUACCUUUAAACAUAAACGAUUGCAACCAACAAACAAAUAAUGUAAACUAAAACCAGAAGAACUUUAAAUGAAUGAAAUUAAAUUUACUGAUCAUUGA